GAAAAAAAUAAAAAAUCUGGCCACUUGGCUAGUGGGAUUAGAAUGGUAUAUCGGUCAUUUAAGCAGAAUCACGUCCUUUUCUUCUCAGUAAACAAUCAGACAAACCCUAAACCCUAGAAUACCACUAUCACCAUUUCUGACCCUUUCUCUACCUCCCAAAUUGAUCAGCAAAUGUAAAUGGAUCCACCACCGUCGAAGAGCUGGAGCAUACACACUCGCCGUGAGAUCACCGACAAAUACGAGAUCUUAGAGCGAGUGGGGUCGGGCGCGUACUCCGACGUCUACAGAGCUCGCCGUCGCUCCGAUUCACUCAUAGUCGCCCUCAAGGAGGUUCAUGACUACCAGUCCGCUUUCCGGGAAAUCGAGGCCCUCCAGACCCUCCACAACACCCCUAAUGUCGUCGUUUUGCUCGAAUACUUCUGGCGCGAAGAUGAGGACGCGGUGCUCGUCCUCGAGUUCCUGCCGACCGAUCUGGCGUCGGUGAUCAGGACCGCCAAGAGGGAGUGGGAGGGUGGGAUCACCGUCGGCGAAAUCAAACAGUGGAUCGUUCAGAUUUUGUGUGGAGUCGACGCGUGUCAUCGGAAUUCGAUCGUGCAUCGGGAUUUGAAACCCUCGAAUCUGUUGAUAUCGGCAGAUGGUGUUCUCAAGUUGGCUGAUUUCGGACAGGCAAGGAUACUUCUAGAACCUGGAUUUGUUGCCGUUUGUGACAAUACACACCCACAUGAGGCCGGUGUAGUUGAACAAAAUGAAGUCAUUCCUGAAACAGAUAGUGCCUGCCUAAGAGAAGUUCAUAGGAAUCGAGAUCAAGGAGCCACAGGUAAAGAAGAAUAUCCUAGAGAGUUAGGCAAGCUUGGGGCUAAAGACUCUGUGGAUGCAACUGAUAAAGAAUGCAAUACUCGUGAUGGAGAUACAUCUUGUCUUGCUACAUGCACAACAAGUGAUAUGGAAGACGAACCUUUGAGGGGUUCUUAUUCUUACGAGGUUGACGAGGGUGGAAAUGGGCAAUGUUGUCCCCUCACAUCCUGUGUUGGAACUCGUUGGUUCAGGGCCCCAGAGCUGCUGUAUGGAUCAACAAACUAUGGGACAGAAAUUGACCUGUGGUCGUUGGGCUGCAUUUUCGCAGAGCUUUACAGUUUAGAGCCCCUUUUCCCUGGAACUUCCGAUAUUGAUCAGCUAAGCAGAAUUUUUAGUGUUUUGGGCAACUUAACUGAGGAAGUUUGGCCUGCUUGUUUGGAACUUCCUGAUUACAGAAUAAUUUCAUUCGGUAAGAUAGAAAAUCCAAUUGGUUUAGAAGCAUACCUGCCCAACAGGUCCCCUGAUGAAAUCCAUUUAAUCAGAAAACUUCUUCGUUUUGACCCAGCAGGUAGAGCUACUGCAAUGGAACUACUCCAUGACAAGUAUUUAACUGAAGAACCUGUUCCAGUUCCCUUAUCUGAGCUAAGGGUUCCUUCUACGCACAGUGCUCAGGAUGAGGGUUCUCCCGGUGAGUGGUGCGGUGAUUGCAGGUACAUGGAUUCAGAUUCUGAUUUCGAGGAUUUUGGCUCUGUCAAGGUUACCACCACUGAUACUGGUUUCUCAAUCCGGUUUCCUUGAGCUCAACGUGCAUGGAGGUUUUGACGGUCCACAAUUUUUGGAGAAGUCUGAUCUUAGCAAUGGAAAGUGCCGCUUGAAAUACAUUAAAAUAUCAUACUUUGUAUGUGAAAUACUUUGUAACAUUUAGUUUUGAAAAAUCAAACAUUGAGUGCUCUCUUCACAUGUUAUAUAUUGAUUAGGUUAAUGGCCUAAAAAAAAUAACUAAGAGAGUUGCAACAAACUCCCUAAACUACAACUCACCUCGGUCAAAUUGGAUAUGUAAUUAUUGGAAUAAUUGUUGGAGACUCAAAUGAUGGAUAUGCAAGCAUGAUAACUUAUAUGUUGUUCUA